AUGCCGCCCAAAGGCAAGGCGGCCCCAAAGCCAAAAGGAUCUGAUACAACCAAAACGUCUUCCUCCUUGACCGCUGCUGCCCAACCGGCCUCUUCGACCGCUCCAAACAACACCACCCCACCGGCGACUAUCAACGAGCGCAGCCAGAGGCGGGUCGACGAGUGUCAGCCAUACGAAGCUGCACGCCAAAAAGCCGGUCUCCGCGGCCUGUCGCAAGCUGAGCAGUUUGGCUGGGUCAGCGCCCGAUUCGCCCGGUCCGACGCCGCCGCCCGCAGCCGCCUCGGCCCCAAGUCGCAGCGUGAGCUGUGGCGCUAUGUGAACGACGCUAGCCUGCCAGUGCGCGUUCUCAAGAAGAAGUUGGUCUCGAACCCGUGGGGCGUCGACCGCAACGGGAGAGACAUUGGCAGCUACAGCCCCGCUCAGUUCGACGACCGCGCCGCCAAGCGCAUUAACCUAACCGUGCUUGCCGCCGCGAGCCAGGCCUUCAGAGACUGCCGUGAGAGGACCAAAAAGAUCGCCUUGGACGAUCAGCAGAAUCCCGACGUGGCAACCGACAGCGAGGUCCAAGAGGAACGCGAGAGGAGGCGCGAGAUGGCGAAACUGCGAAAGGAGCUCUACGGAGACAAGAUGCCGGGCAAGCUCGCCCAGGACCCAGAGUGGGAUGACGUGUUGCCCAUCCCGCACGAGGAGCCCGAAGGGUCGCUAGCGGCGAUUUCGUACCCAGAUGACUACGCCGAAGCAAUCUCCUAUCUCCGGGCCGUGAUGGAGAACAAGGAGUACUCGCCGCGCUGCCUGCGGCUGACCGAGUACAUCAUCGGCAUGAACUCGUCACACUACACCGUGUGGCUGUUCAGAGCGUCCAUCGUUAUUGCGUUGAAGCUCCCCUUCGUGGACGAGCUGGCGUGGCUCAACAAGGUGGCGCUCGAGCACCUCAAGAACUACCAGAUUUGGCACCACCGUCACCUGCUAGUGGAGAAUUACUAUCCGAGCAUCGCGGGGUCGCCCGAGGCCGUGGCAUCGUUCGCCGCCCAGGAACAGGCCUUCCUGUCUGACAUCCUCGAGCAGGACACCAAGAACUACCACGUAUGGUCAUACCGCUCGUACCUUGUCGGCAAGUUGGGGCUGUGGGACAACGCGGCCGAGCUCGCCGCCAUCGAGGCCAUGAUAAAGGACGACGUGCGCAACAACUCGGCCUGGUCUCACCGCUUCUAUCUGGUCUUCUCGAACCCGGCGCACUCGACCGCCGGCACCGCCGCCACGGAACCGGACCCGGCCGCGCCCGCCGCCAUCGUCGACCGCGAGGUCCAGUACGCCCAGGACAAGAUCCACUUGGCCCCGCAGAACCAGAGCCCCUGGAACUACCUGCACGGCGUGCUGGUCAAGGGCGGCCGCAAGCUGGGCAGCGUCGAGCCCUUCGUCGCUGACUUUGUCCGCCACCUCGGCGACGACGACAAGGAAGACGUCAUCAGCACCCACGCGCUGGACCUGCUCGCCGAGAUAUACGCCGAGAAGGGCGACAAGGAGAAGGCAGACCUCGCCCUCAGGCGCCUCGGCGAGAAGUGGGAUCGCAUCCGCAUCGGCUACUGGGAGUGGCGGCGCAAGUGCCUCGAGUCCCCUGCUGCUGCUGGAGGAACGGAAGCAGGGGUAGCCGCAGCAGUGGCGGCAUGA